AUGUUCCUUAGUCGAAGCAGCGAGAAGAGCAAAGCCAAACAAGUGAAAGGGAAGUGGAAGAGGUUCGGUGCCGGAGAGGUUUUCGAGUCCGUGGAUAACCUCGCGUAUGCAUCAAGGGAGAUUGCUUCGGUCAUUCGGACAAGAGAUGAGGUUGGAAUGACCCUCCACAAGUGCAUUGACGAUUUACUUUCAACUGGCAUCGUUGCAGCCGGGGAUGAGCUACACUUGUUCGCAUUGUGGUUCUUACGGAAAUCCAGCAACCGUAUAGCUUAUUCUGCUGCUAAAACACAGGAGUUGAGGUUCAAAUGGAUUGCGUAUUACUUCGACUGCGACAAGAUUCUUGGUUCCGAAAGCCGGUAA